ACUCCGAGUGACUAAUGUCAAGCUGUGGUGUGUAUGUCACUCAUCCCGCUCAUUAGCGGUCUCGUUACCCUCGCAGACGUGGACUCGUCCUAAUUUCUGCUGAUCAUUGAUCUCUGAUAGUCUUAUCAGCCUCAUAUAAGCGUGUCCAGCUCUGGCUCGGUCUCACUGAUACACGUUCAGCUGAAGGCUCAAGAUGAUGCCAGUGACCCAGCGUCUGCUCGUUCUGACCGUUCUGCUGUCUCUGCUGCUGACCUUACAGGUCCAGGCGGCACCCAUAGACACUGACUGGGCGACCGGACUGAUCCAUCGGGCCAAGCGCUCGUUACUCUGGAGAUGGAACACUCUGAAACCUGUGGGUUCUGGAUGCAGAGAUCAUUAUGAGUGUGGGACCAACUACUGCAGGAAGCACACGUGCUCCUUCAAUAAAGCUCAACAGGCGUGAUUGAGCAUAAAUGAUGAUGGCACCAAAUCAAGUGAUGGAAAACAAAAUGUCUAAAAUUGUGCAUCCCUUUGAUUUCUCAAACAUCAUGACCUACAUCAAUCUGACAGAACAUCUAAAGACAGCAGAAGACUUUCAGAUCUACAUCUAUCUCAAGACUGUAUUCAGGUGAAUCUCACCAAGAAAUGUCCAGGUCAUAUUAAUCUCCAAAAUCAGAACUGUUUUAAUUUAUUUGAUUUUGGCCCGAAAUAUGACCCGGCAUGUUCUUGACACAUUCACCUCCUCAGAAACUUCUCAGGAACACGUCUACAAGAACUCCAGUUUCAUCAUCGAUGUUUUAUAGUUGUACAGAUCUUGAUAUUGUGUUAAAUAUUAACUUUGCAUCUAUAGUUUCUGAUUCAGAUUCAAUGAGGCCGAGAUGUUUGAUCUGAUAAAAUACAAGCACACAUGGCAAAAGAAUCUGUAGCAAAUCUAAUUCAUUAUCAGCUGCAGCUUCCAGAAGAACCGGGGCAUAUUUAUUUUGUAAAUAUUAGACACAUAAUGUGAGAUGGUGCAACAUGCUUUUUAUGUUAAAAUGUUCUAUUGUUUGUCUCGUUAUUUUUGUUACAUUGAUAGUGCAAUAUUUUUUAAGGAAAACAAAAACAAAAAUGCUCACAUGAUGAAAUAAAUGCAUAAAAAAUGAAUUUUUUUAAACCAAAACAGUCUGUUUUCAGCUAACAUCAUCACUGGGUCUUACUUCAUAAACACAGCUCACAUUAUCAUUUCGUAAUAAUCAUAACCAUGAGAUUUAAUUAAGAUUUCCAUCCUGGGAAAAUUACAUUUACAUUUAAGUUGAAGUGAAACUGAAAUCACACCAGUUUCAGAUCAAACCACAGGCAUCAUGUACUGUAGUAAUAUUGUGAACUUCACUGAAAUAAAAUUAGCAACCCUCAAAUCUUCCCUUUUCAGCCCUAAAAAACACCAAAACCACCCAUGAACUGCCACCAACCACCUACAAGAAUAAAACAUGAAUUGAAUUUUGUUUAUUAAACACAAACAAAAAUAAAAAUGAAACCAAUCAGUACAUGAACAUUAAAUAUAUUCAGGAAACUGAUACAUUUAAGAAAACAAAUCGUCUCAAUGCUGUGGUAAUACUGAUGAAACACUUGAUACUGCAUUUACUGAACACUGAAAACAAGGUUGUGUCUGGUUAUUCAAGAAAUGUGUAGCGUUGCAAACAGAGUUUAAAUUAGUGAUUAUGGUCAAUUUCUUUCAGAUAUAUUGUCAGAAGUGUUAUUAGCUGACUCUAAAAACAUUAUUGAGCCAAUGUACCAUUAAAUCUUGGUUUGCAUCUAAGAAAAUCACAUAUAUGGCAGAGGACAAAACAUGCGCAAAUACAUCAUGGCACCAAACCAAGUUGUUUGGUCAUU